AAAUGUCAACUUGACGUUGAUUGAUGGAACAACAAAAAUGGCCAACCGUACGGUGAAGGACGCGAAAUCUAUUCGCGGGACAAAUCCUCAAUAUCUUGUGGAAAAGAUCAUACGAUCACGUAUAUACGAUUGUAAAUACUGGAAAGAAGAAUGUUUCGCUCUAACCGCGGAGCUUUUAGUGGACAAAGCGAUGGAGUUGCGUUACGUCGGCGGCGUGCACGGCGGCUUCAUUUACCCCACACCUUUCUUGUGUUUAGUGCUGAAAAUGUUACAGAUACAGCCUGAAAAGGACAUCGUGGUGGAGUUUAUAAAGAACGAGGAGUUCAAAUAUGUGCGUGCCUUGGGCGCCUUUUAUAUGAGGCUCACGGGAUCGUCGGUCGAUUGUUAUAAGUAUUUGGAACCACUUUACAACGAUAAUCGUAAGUUGAGAAGGCAGAAUCGCGUCGGCCAGUACGAAAUCGUUCACAUGGACGAGUUUAUCGACGAGUUAUUGCGAGAGGAACGUCUGUGCGACGUUAUUCUUCCACGAAUUCAGAAAAGACCUAUUUUAGAGGAGAACAAUGAGCUUGAACCGAAGGUGUCUGCUUUAGAUGAUGAUCUGGAUGAAGAUAUGCCUUCAGACGAUGAUAAUGCUGAACCUGAUUCCAAAGAGAACAGAAGAGAAAAGGAAAGAAGAGAUAGAGAUAGGAGAAGAGAUAGAUCACGAGACCGAGACCGACGUGACAAGGAACGCAAGAGAGAACGUUCGAGAAGCAGAGACCGCGAACGGAGAAGGGAACGGGAAAAAGAGCGAGAACGGGAAAAAGAGCGGGAACGGGAAAAAGAGCGGGAAAGGGACAGAGAACGGGCCCGGGAAGCGAGAGAGAGGGAGAGAGAGAAAGAAAGGCGGGAAAGAGACAGACACGAGCCCGACAGAAGAAGAGAAAGGGGCGGUAGAUAUUAGAGUAGUUUUAAGUUAAAUAAAUUGUUUUCCAAC